AUGGACGCAUCCACUGUGACGUACCUCUUCGGCGGCGUCGUCGUACUGCUCGCCGGCGUCUGCAUCGCCAACUGCAUCUACAUGCGCCGCCAUCCUGAGGCCAGUGGCCUCGGCGAAGCGCUCCUCAACCGCAACUUUCUCGAGUUCAUGCCGGGCCUCAACCGCCGCGACGUCGAAGAACUGACGCUCGACAUGGAACGCUGGGAGUGCUCGGUCUGCGCCUUUAUGAACCUCGAGACCAAGCCGAUCUGCAGCCUCUGCAGCACCCACCGAGAUUACCGCCUCAUUGAGUUUUACUCGGACACGGUGCCGGCGCACGAGCCGGAAAAGCCGUCGCGCUCAAUGAGCCAGCGCGCGUCCAAGUCGCUGCAGCGACAAACGUCCAAGUCGUUCCAGCGGCUCUCGUCAUUUUUUCAAAAAGUCAUUCUACCGGAAGACUUGAACCCGCGUCAGCGAAGCGCUCGCAUGCGCAAGCAGUGGACGCGGCAACUGGACACGAAGGGCAACGUCGUCUGGGCGCGCCACUUUCUCGACACGGAAGAAUGCCCCGCGUCCUUUGUGAUUCAAACGGGGCCGAUCCGCCACGAAGUCGGCGCGUCCAAUGGUCCGGACGUGUCGGUGACGGUCAUCAUUCACGACUCGACGACGCUCAACUCGGCCGAGACGCCGGGCUUGGACGCGAUCAAAACCAUUGCCUGGGUGCCCAUCGAGGGCAUCAACGCUGCGACGACCGUGACCGGUCUCCGUCUCUUGCCGUCGACGUGGUCGUCGCUGCUGCCGAUUUCUCGGCUUCCGUUUUCGCUCAAAUAUGCGUGGUUUCUGCACCAAGUGUCGGACCUCAUCGUGCCAUACGCCGACUUGCACAUUCAAACCAAAGUCCAGCGGGCUCGGGACCCGUCGCUCAUUGGCCUCGACGCCGGUGCGAUCCAGCGCGAGUGGUAUACGCUCGUGGCGCACGCACUCUUGCACGAAGAGUCGGGUCUCUUUACGCUUUCCAAUCGCGACGACAACUCGUACUUUAUCAACCCCAACUCGGCCCACGACACGAGCCAUUUGGACGUGCAACUCGAGCACCUCGAACUCUUCCGCGCGGCGGGCCGCUUCAUCGGACGCGCGCUCCUUGAUGGCCAAGUGCUGCCGAUCCAGCUCAGCCCCGUCCUCUUCAAAGCGCUCCUGGGUGUUCCCAUGACCCUCGAUGACGUUGAAAGCCUCGACAAGACGACGUAUACGAGCUUGCAAUACAUUGUGCAAAACGAUCGCGUCGACGACCUGGCGCUGACGUUCUCGGUGACGCAGAGCUUUGGCGACCGCAUGCUCGAAGUCGACUUGAUCGAGAACGGACACGAGAUGUCCGUGACGGACGCCAACAAGCACGAGUACAUUGCGCUCAUGGUCCGACACUUGCUCUUUGGCCGCGUCGAGACGCAGCUGUUGGCGCUCGUCGAAGGCGUCUACGAUGUCCUGCCCGCCGAGCUGCUCACGGCCUUUGACCACAAGGAGCUCGAGCUCAUUCUCUGCGGCCUCCACGAAAUCGACUUGGCCGACUGGCAGGCCAACACGGUCACGUCGUCCAAUCUCGACAAUACGCCCGUGCUCGAGUGGUUUUGGAACAUCGUGUCGGGCCUGCCCCAAGACGACCAAGCCAAGCUGCUGCAGUAUGCAACGGGCGCCUCGCGCGUGCCAGUCCAGGGCUUUAAAGGCUUGACGAGCUACGACGGCAAGAUCUGCUACUUUACGUUGAAAGGGGUCGCGUACAAGCAAGGCGUCUACCCCGUGGCCCACGCAUGCUACAACCGCAUCGACCUGCCUCUGUAUCCGAGCGAAGAGCUUCUGAAAGACGCUCUCAAGACGCUCCUCCUCUCGGACCCGACUGGCUUCAACAUCGAAUAGUCGU